AUGGCUAUCACAGCAACAUCCACCACUAUCAACAGUGCUGGUGUCAUUUGGUCCUUCGCGGCUGGUGCAGCAGCAAUGGAACCUGAUGACGAUGAUCUAUCAGUAUGCUUUACACCAGUAGCACAGACAGCCCAAGACCAAACAGGACAUCAGAGUCUGCAGAGAAGAAGGCAACCUCCGACAAGACGACGUAGCUCAUUAAAAAUCACAGAUUGUAGUACUUUUUCCAUACCGCAAGCGCCACCAACGAUUGAUGAGAACAGUGAAAGUAAUGACAACAGCGAAUCACUAUCACUCUACUCGAGGAAAAGUGGCAGUAGUUGCAGUAGCUCAGGGAGAAGUAGCUACUCGAGUCGAGAAUGGGCUGAAGCUCCCAUGGCUCCAAGCGCACUGCUUAGCAAAAUGAUGCCUUCCGAAGUCAAGAAAGCUGAAGAGAUUCUGUCGCAAAGGCAGCAAACGACGCGGUAUUCCUUGUACAAAAUGACCAGAUCGGAGGUCAGACUUCAGCUUCAAUCAUCCUUUUGCAAAUUGGACUCCCUGAAUGAUUUGCCAUCUUUUCAGAAACAACAGAAACGAGACUUAUCCUCUCAUAUUUCCGCCCCGUGCUUCGAAUCAUCCAAGGCCCGUGGUCUAGGGAAAAGCACCCAGAAGAAGGAAGCCGCUCUAAUGUCUAUGCUUCGUGCUGAUCUACAACCCAAACCGGAAAAAUCAAAGUCCAAGAAAGGGUCGUCCAAGCGUACGACCAAGAAAAGCAAGGGUCGUGCGAAGGACGACGACGAAAAGUCCAAAAUCUCUUCGUCGAUGCGCUCCAGCACGAGUAGUAGGUCCAAGUCGAAGAAGAAGUCCAAACAUCAUGAUGAUACGAGUAAGAGCUCCAAGACAAACGCCAACAAAAAACGGAGCAAACGAUCAAGUGAGUCUGAAGCGGCAAUGGCUGAAUAG